CUCGUGUCGUCGUUCCUUCGACAUCUCUCUGUCAGUCUCUCUCUGUCCGAGCUCUCUCUCUCUCUCUCGCUCUUUGUCCGAGGCUCCGAGCUCACUUCCCUUCGUCCAUCGCCGUCACUUCCCAUUCCUCCGAGCUCACGAAGAGCUUGCUAGGGUUUAAGCAACAGAAAAAGGGGAACACUGUCUCAGACAACAGAUACAGAGAAUCAAAUCGAGAAGAAGAAGAAAACCCCUUUCACCAUGGGAAGCAGGUUGGCUAGAAGGGUGGUGCAGUUUGCGAACCUUCCAAUAAAGCUGCUACUGCCAACGAGCUUCACCAACAUCCAAGAAAUCGCACUCAAGACAAUCCCAUCCGCCACCAAGAUCGAGAUCAAGCGCGUACUCGAGUCCGUCUACGGCUUCGAAGUCGAGAGGGUUCAAACCCUAAACAUGGAAGGGAAGAAGAAGAAGCGUGGUGGCCUCCUCUUCGCAAAACCCGAUUACAAGAAGGCUUACGUCACUCUCAAGACCCCUCUUUCAAUUGACAUGAAUCUUUUCCCGCUCAAAAUGGUUGAAGAUGCCAGGAAGCGGAUGAACAAGAAGAACGUGUCAAGCGUUGUUGAGGACGAAGAAGAGGAAGAGAGGAAGAGACAUUGGCUUGAAGGUGACCGGGCCGGAUCGUCUGAGGCGGCACCCCGUGGGUAUCGUGGUCACACGCUCUUUUGGGACCGCGGGAUGGCCCGUAGGGUUCGUGGUUCAAGCCGUAGGCACCGUGAUGAGGAUCGUGAUGGUGCUGCUAAGUUCCCUUGGAGCAACAUGAGGGAUGGUAGAGCUGCAAGGUAGGAUAGUGAAUUUUGUUGAUGAAUUAUUGUUGUGCUUAAUAAAAUUAUUGACUGAUAAUUUGAGAAGUGAUUCUGGCACUAUGCAGGGCUGCUAUGUGUUUUUUUUAAUAUUUUUAUUUUUUUACAUGUUUUAUGAUUGUGAUGAUAGUUCAUGAAAUGAAAAAUUUUGACCUGGCAUUUGAGGUGGUAAGCUUGGAUUUGAGUAGCAAAGCAAGCACAGCAUAACUCCUGGUAGGGAGCAAGCUGUUAUUUAAUCAAAACUGAACUGAAAAGGAUCAAUUAGUUAGUAGCCAAAACAGAAUUAGUUAGUGGUUAGUUAACAAUUAUGGCAGCUCAGCUGUGCACGUUGAUCAAGGGAAUCAAUCAAUCAACCAUGUCAUUUUCUUUUCUGUUCUAACAUUGGAAUAAUGGUAUUAUAUAUUUAUUGUUGGUCCAGUU